CCGAGAAGAACGACCAGACGGACCGUGGUUCACGAGUUGAGGGUCAAAUGUUUUGACGAUGUGCUGGUAGAUUCAUAGAAAUGUCAGGUUUCUCCAGAUCUGCCCAGCAAUGGGCGACUUUCGCCCGUUCCUGGUUCCUGAUCGAUGCCAGACUGCAGCCUCCUGGGAAGAUCGGGACCAUGUGUUCUGUGAGAUUACAAGGGAAACACAAGCCUAUCUACCACGCACUGAGUGACUGUGGCGACCAUGUUGUACUUAUAAACACGAAACACAUAGCUUUUUCUGGAAACAAAUGGGAGCAGAAAGUCUACUCCUCACACACAGGGUAUCCAGGGGGAUUCAAACAGGUCACAGCUGCCCAGCUCCACCACAAAGACCCCAAAGCCAUUGUGAAGUUAGUGGUUUACGGCAUGCUGCCAAAGAAUCUGCACCGCCGCACCAUGAUGCAGCGAUUACACAUCUUUCCUGAUGACGAGCUGCCAGACGAUAUCCGUGCCAACCUGACGGAGGAGCUGCCACAGCCCCGAGAAAUCCCCAAGAAACUCAGCGAGUACACGCAGGAGGAGAUGGAUGCCUUCCCCAGGCUGUGGACACCGCCUGAAGACUACAAGAUGAAAUGAAAUCGAGGCUGCCCGACGGGAACAAAACUUUGGCUCAUCCUCGAUUUAUAUUUCUAGUUCUGGUACUUAAAAUCAGAGGUCUUUUAUGAGAGGGGCAUUGAGAUAUUUUCUGUUUCAAGACACACAAAACAAGUUUUCUGUUCAGAUGAACUCCACAAAAAAUGAAAUCCAGGAAUCUGCACUGGCUUUUUUUUGUGUUGCUUUAAAUCCCAAACUGGCAUUAAAGCUGAACUGAACAGGAAAGCACGAGUCAUAAUCUAUAGAGGCCGAAGUUAUCAACUCAAACUCUUUGCUCCUCUAUACACACACACACACACACACACACACACACUCCUCUGCCAGGAUUACAAUUGACAGGAGACCUGAAACAGUCCGAAACAGCUCAAGACUUCACCAAGGGGCUAUUCUCUGAUCAUAGAGCCAUGAAAUGUUCCGAUCUGGCCUAUAAAAUAUGACAUCUGGUCAGGUGGAUCCUGCCAUUGGUUUGACUGUGAACCUACAAACCAAUCAACGCGAUGGUCAUGAAAUCCUGAGCUUUUUGUCUAGUCUGUGUCUUAGAAAUGUCCAGAGUUGUGAAAGUAAAAGUGUAUUCUGUUUAUGAAAGUUGUAAAAUAGGCUAAUAAACAAUUUAAUAAACCUG